AUGCUGCGGGGCUUCGACAAGGAUAGCAGGCUUUGCCGACUGGCAAACGAAGUUGAGGAGGGCUACCUCGGUAAGGGCGGCCGCGGCAAAGUUAUGUGGCUGGAUCCAGAAGACUCCUCUGUGCCUCGUGGUGCGGCAUUGCGAAGGAAUGAUGCAAACAUUACCAGCCUGGCCGAGAUCUUGCAGCCCUUUGCGGAGGAUGUCCUCGGAGCUCCAAUUUCGGAGCGCACGCCGGCGAUGGCGUGCAUGUCUAUGACAGAUGCGGAGGAAGCCAUUUACGAGCACCCGACUGCUUCAGACACCAUCAUCGAGGAGUUCUACGGGAACUGGGCACGCAGCGUGUUGCGGGUC